AUGGAGGAACAGCAGCACAUGGAGCAAAAUGCGGGAAUCAAUGCACCCGGUUUCAUUCCUCAACAAAAUGGACACCCAACACAGCAGCAGCAGCAACAACAACAACAUCAUCAUGGGAUGCCAUCACACUCUUCACCUCCACAAGGUCCAACCUUCCAGCAGCCUGUUUCUACCGAUGCAAUCAUCGUGCAAAUUCUACAACAACUAAGACAGCAACAAGCUGUCACAAACCAACUUCUUCAGCGACAACAAGAAUCGAGCCAGUAUCAGCAAGGUUUCAUGCAACAACAAGAACUUAACGCCAUGUCAUCAAUUCAAGUAAACGUUCCCCCGAAUCCAGAGGUUAUUUUAGAUUCACUAGCAGCGAACAUAAAGGAAUUUCUAUAUGAUCCCGAAAAUCACAGUACUUUCGCCGCUUGGUAUGCCAGGUAUGAGGAUCUUUUUGCAAAAGAUGCUGCGCGAAUAGACGAUGGAGCUAAAGUCAGGUUACUUCUACGGCGGCUAGGAACAAACGAACAUUACAGAUACAUCAGUUUUAUUCUGCCGAGUGUACCGAAAGACUUUACGUUUGCAGAUACGAUAAGCAAAUUGAAAGCACUAUUUGGAAGCAGAGAAUCAGCAGUCAAGAAGCGAUAUUCUGCUCUUACAAUCACAAAAACAUCCCUCGAAGAUUACGUUACCUACGGUUGUCGAGUAAAUAAAAUGUGUGUGGAGUUCGAGCUUUCGAAAUUAUCGGAAGAGCAAUUUAAAUGCCUGAUCUUCGUGUGCGGGUUAAAAUUAGAGUGCGAUGCAGAAACAAGAACAAGAUUGUUAACCAGAAUAGAGGAUAAUAGUGAUGUCACAUUAGAGUCUUUAAUGGAAGAAUGUCAGCGACUAAUCAAUUUGAAAAGUGAUGCAGCAAUGAUAGAAGGCGUAGGAGGUCAAGUUCAUGCAAUCAAAAGAAAUCCAGCGUAUCGAAAUCUAACAAGGCGACAGCACUCCAGUGAACAAACUAAAAAUCAUCCCCAACGCAAUUUCCAUAGAUCAUCUGGUCCCAAAACUCCGUGUUGGAACUGCGGAGCGAUGCAUUACUCCAAGUAUUGUAAAUUUCGGAACCAGCGAUGUACAGAAUGCAAGCAGCUGGGGCAUAAGGAAGGGUAUUGUUCUAGCGCGAAACGAUCUUUGAAGAAACCAAGUCAACGGAACGAGAAACACUAUACCAACACCAUCACAUUAUCCGUCGACUGCGUUCGAGGUAAACGUCGUUAUGUGUGGAUAAAAAUUAACGGAGUAUCAACGCGUCUACAAUUAGACACUGCAUCGGACAUAACAAUUAUAUCCGAGGAAGUUUGGCGGAAUAUUGGCGAACCAAAAGGGAAAUCAACAAUGCAAAAAGCCAAGUCAGCAACAGGUGAGCGGUUACCUCUCCUAUUGGAAUUCGAUUGUGAAGUCAGCCUCAACGAAUCAACAUAUAGCGGUCAAAUAUAUGUCUCCAAGACCCCGCUUAACCUCCUGGGAAUCGACAUCAUAGAUAAGUUGAAUCUCUGGUCAUCACCGAUGGAUAAUUUUUGCAAUUAUAUCGGCGGCAAUCUGACGGAAACAUCAUCCCUCAAACAAACGUUCCCGAAGCUUUUCAGUGAUACAUUAGGUAUGUGUACAAAAACAAAAAUAAAAUUAACGCUCAUUGAAGGAAGCAGACCAGUCUUCCGACCGAAACGUCCAGUUGCAUACGCCAUGUUAGCUACGGUUGAUGAUGAGCUUCAUCGAUUGGAACAGUUGAAGAUAAUUUCGGCUGUUGACUAUUCAGAGUGGGCUGCUCCGAUUGUAGUGGUACGAAAAGCUAGCGGACGUAUUCGAAUAUGUGGUGACUACUCCACAGGGUUAAACCACUGCCUUCAAUCACAUCAGUACCCUUUGCCGUUACCAGAGGAUAUUUUCUCAAAGUUCUCGAACUGCGAUAUCUUCAGUCAAAUUGAUUUGACGGAUGCCUUUCUACAAAUGGAAGUGGAGGAAAGCUCUCGGAAAUUGUUAACAAUAAACACUCAUCGCGGGCUGUACCAAUACAAUAGAAUGCCACCAGGGAUCAAAGCAGCACCUGGGGCUUUCCAGCAGCUCAUUGAUACUAUGCUAGCUGGAUUACCAAACUGCGCAGGGUAUUUAGACGAUGUAAUCGUUGGAGGAAAAAACACAGAGGAACAUCAUCGCAAUUUAUAUGCGGUUCUGCACCGUAUUCAAGAAUACGGAUUCACUAUUCGUCCAGAAAAAUGCUCGUUUGGGCAGAAACAAAUUCGCUACCUAGGCCAUCUUCUGGACAGACAAGGGAUACGUCCAGAUCCAGGAAAGAUAAAAGCAAUAAACAACAUGCCAGCUCCCAAAGAUAUCACCGGUGUUCGUUCAUUCAUGGGAGCCAUAAAUUAUUAUGGGAAAUUCGUUCCCAAUAUGCGAAACCUACGUUUUCCAUUGGAUAAUCUGCUUAAAAGCGGAUCCACCUUCAAAUGGACCGCGGAAUGUCAACAAGCACUGGAAAAAUUUAAAGAAAUUUUAUCAUCGGAUCUACUUUUGACACACUACGAUCCCAAACUAGAAAUUAUAGUUUCGGCAGAUGCAUCUUCAAUUGGUAUAGGAGCGACUAUUUGUCACAAAUUUCCCGAUGGCAGCAUUAAGGUCAUACAACAUGCGUCGCGAGCACUCACAGAGACUGAGCAGAGAUAUUCACAACCCGAUCGAGAAGGACUUGCAAUUGUUUACGCGGUAACUAAGUUCCACAAAUUUGUUUUUGGAAGACGGUUCCGGCUCCAAACGGAUCACGCCCCUCUGUUACGAAUAUUUGGAUCAAAAAAAGGAAUACCUGUUUACACAGCUAAUCGGCUCCAGCGAUGGGCACUAACUUUACUGUCAUACGACUUUGCACUAGAAUACGUUUCAACUGAUAAAUUUGGCAAUGCGGACGUGUUAUCUCGUCUGAUAGACCAACAUAUUAAACCUGAUGAAGAUUUCGUUGUAGCCUGUGCCAGUUUAGAAAAUGACCUCAGAACAGUGGCAAUGAAUACCACUAGCAAUUUACCCCUCAGUUUUAACAUGAUCAAAGAUGAAACAAGAAAGGAUUCGAUACUUUAUAAAUUAUACCGUUUCAUACAGAAUGGCUGGCCUAAAAAUCGAUCUGAUAUCAAAGACUGGGAAAUGCAGCGAUAUUUCGAUCGUCAAGACUUUCUAUCAAUAGUAAACGGGUGCAUAAUGUUCAGCGAAAGAUUGAUCAUCCCAAAAGCAUUCAGGAAGCGGUGUCUUACACAGCUCCACAAGGGUCAUCCGGGUAUACAACGGAUGAAAUCUAUAGCGAGAAGCUACGUGUAUUGGCCAGGCAUAGAUGAGGAGAUAACCAGUUAUGUAAAGACAUGUGAUAGCUGCGCGUUAGCAGCGCGAUCACCACAAAAGGUGGCUCCAGAAUCGUGGCCAAAAACUACAUUACCAUGGCAACGAAUUCACAUUGACUUUGCUGGUCCUCUUGAAGACACAUAUUAUUUGAUCGUAGUAGAUGCUCAUAGCAAAUGGCCAGAAAUAUAUCCUACGCUGAAGAUCACAACAAGUGAAACAAUCCGUUUGCUGCGCUCAUUGUUUGCAAAUAAAGGUAUGCCAGAAACACUCGUGUCAGACAAUGGAACACAGUUUUCCAGUGUACUUUUUGAACAGUUCUGCUAUGAAAAUGGAAUCAAUCAUUUGAAAACAGCCCCAUAUCAUCCACAAUCGAACGGACAAGCCGAACGAUUCGUGGACAUUUUUAAGCGUGCCAUAAAAAAAAUGAAGGGAGGAGACAAAGAUAUUAAUCAGAUUUUAGACACUUUUCUCCUCACGUAUCGCACGACACCAAAUCCGAAUGUACCAAGCGGGAAAUCUCCCGCAGAAGAGAUGUACAAAAGGCCAAUAAGAACAUCUCUCGACUUGUUACGAGUACCAUCUUAUUCCGAAUCACCAAAAAUUCAGCAUGAUCUCAACACAUCAAGAUCGUUUAAAUCAAAAGAUCCGGUCUACGCAAAAGUAUACGCAAGCAAUAAAUGGAGAUGGGCAACUGGUACUGUUAUGGAAAAACUAGGCAGCGUUAUGUAUAAUGUGUGGGUGGAUGAUAGAAAAAUGAUCCGUUCGCACAUCAAUCAACUUAGGAGACGAUCAACAGCAGAAACGACCAAGAAACAACAAAUGGAUCGCUCCAACUUACCGCUGAGCAUAUUACUAUAUGAGUGGGCCCUGCCGAAGUCUACCUUGAGUACGAGCAAUUCUACAGCUGGGCCAUCGAUUGAAGACGAACCACAAGCUCAAGCUCAGCAUAUGUUACACUCCAUAGAACCAUCAUCUUCGCCAUCGAACGGAUCCAUACCGUCUGAUUCUUCUCCAUCUACCUCAACCGAUUUCCAAUCAGCAGCUGAAUCUUCACCUGUGGUUCAGAUUCCUCGACGCUCUUCGCGCAAUCGAAGACCGCCUCAGAGGUUCCAACUGUACCACAGAUAUUGA